AUGGACUGUGAAAUAUGGACAGGCUUCAAUCAUCGUGCUCGGGUUGAACACGGGAGCAAAUUGGUUUUGAAGGGUCUUCUACCUUUAACAUCUUCAGGUUGUUCUACAUCUGCUUCGGUUUCUGCUGGAGCUCUCCCUUCCAAAAAGCCUCCAGAAAAGGCCAAAGGGGAUUCUUCAAAUUCAUCAGGUCCAUCAGAUCUGAUAAGAGUGAAGAUUAAAUCACCAGUUCACAGCUCUUCCAUCUUUAUCCUGGAGCUGAUAUCUUCCCAGAUCCACCCUCUCUUUCUUCAAGAGACUCCAAGAAGAAGGUCCAUGCCACACUCUACCUCAUCAUCUAUCAGGUUGUCGAGGAGCCUAAAUGAAGAGGAUGAUGACAGGAUGAUGAGGAUGUUUAUUGGAGCCCAGAUUCAGCUGGGAGUUAUACCAUCUCCAUCUCCCAUUAGACCUGAUGCAGUAAUUGAAGAAGGCACUCUUGCAUAUGAAAACUGGGUUAAAUCCAGCAGUGAUUUCUACAGACAAUUUUGGUUAUUUAAUGUAGAAAAUCCUACAGAUGUGAUAGAAAAUUCUGCAAAACCUGUGCUGACACAGAAAGGUCCCUACACAUACAGAAUUCGAGAUGAUCCAAAAAGCAGCAUCACAGCAAAUGACAACUACACAAUAUCAUAUAUGCUGCCCAAUACUGCUGUCUUUUUACGUGACAUGUCAUAUGGAUCAGAAGAAGAAAUCAUUACUUCUCUUAAUCUUGCAGUUGCGGCAACACAAUCUAUUGUCCCUGCUGUUCUUCAUAAAGUAUUAAAUACGAUGAUCAAGAAUUCAACAUCAUCCUUGUUCCAGAAUAGAACAGUGAAGGAAAUACUUUGGGGUUAUGAAGACCCUUUACUGAAACAGCUGCAGGGUAUACUUCCUAAUCUUGAUACAACCACUGGAUUGUUCUACCCUUAUGAAGGAACAUUUGAUGGACCCUAUACUGUCUACACUGGAAAGGAUGACAUUAGCAAAACUGCUAAUAUUGAGAAGUACAACGGGCAUAGCAAGCUUUCAUACUGGAGUGGUGAGUUCUGCAACAUGCUAAAUGGAACAGAUGGUGCAUCUUUUCCUCCACUUCGUGGAAAGGAAAAGAUAUAUUUCUUUUCUUCUGACAUUUGCAGGUCAAUCUAUGCAGAGUAUGAAGAACAGAACUACCUGAAGGGAAUCCCAGUCUAUCGUUUUGUGAUUCCUCCUAAAGCAUUUGCUUCACCUUCUGUUAAUCCAGAAAAUAUAUGCUUUUGUACUGAGUUGGUGGUAUCUAAGAACUGUACUAUGGCAGGUUUGCUUAGUGUGUCCUCCUGCAAAGAAGGAAAGCCAAUAUUUGUAUCUCUUCCCCACUUUUUGUAUGGAAGUGAAGAACUCACGGAAGACAUUGAAGGUCUGCACCCUAACAAAGAAGAACAUCAGACUUAUCUUGAUGUUGAAUCUACAACUGGAUUUACUCUUCAGUUUGCUAAAAGGAUUCAAAUUAACCUAAUGUUUGGUCCUUCAGCAGUCAUUGAAGUGUUCUCUAAAAUAAAGAAGACAUACAUCUUUCCUGUUGCCUGGCUUAAUGAGACAGCCGCUGUUAAUGAUGAAACUGCAGAAAUGUUUCGCUCUUCUGUGACUUUACCCAUCCUGAUUUUGAAAAUUGUUGAACUGGUACUGAUAUGCAUUGGCAGCGCAUGUUUCCUUGGGUGUAUAAUUGAACUUAUACUAAUAAAGACUAUUAAGGUAAGGACCAGCUUGACAUUAUCCAGUUUAUAUGGUAGACAUUAUACUGAAUAA